CCGAUAUUGCUGAUCGCAAGAAGUUGAUCUUCUUCGAGUUCUUGCUGCGGCUUUUCAACGAGUACCUCGCCGAUUUCUUCGAAUCGUUCUUGGGGGCUGUGGCGCGGAAUAACGUACUGCGGAUCGUUACUGCCGUCGUUUAUUCGAUACCAACCGGGACGCCGGACUUUUUGACGAUAAAAUGGACAAAAUUCGACGACAUCCCGAUCCGGGUCUACCAACCGAAAGCCCCCAAAUCCAAUGCGGGUCUGAUUUUCUUCCAUGGUGGCGGCUGGAGCACGAUGAAAGCAGCCUACUACGACACUGUCCUCAUUCCGUUAGUCAAGAAAAUCGGGUGCCACGUUUUUUCGGUGGACUAUCGAUUGGCGCCAGAAUUUCCGUUCCCGGUCCCGGCUGACGAUUGUUUAAGGGCGACGAAGGCGUUAUUAAAAGAUAGAGCAAAGGAAUACGGGGUCGAUCCGGAAAAAAUAAUUCUGAUUGGUGAUAGCGCCGGGGGAAAUUUGGCAGCUGUGACGACCUACCGGCUUUUGAAGGAAGGAGUUGAGCCCAAAAUCAAGGCCCAAGUGCUCAUCUACCCAGUCAUCCAUAUGUUCGGCUUCAAAUCACCGUCUUUUACUGGCUACUACACCCAAUAUAAUGGGACUUCCCUGCUCAACCCUCCAACGAUGGCCCGAUGGGAUUUGUUCUAUCUUGGAGAGGAUGGGUCGAGGGAUAAAGUGCGAGUGCUGCUGGAUAAUGGGCAUAUUGACGAAAAACUCACCUCCCAUCCUGAAUUCUCGAAAUGGUUCCCGAACUGGCGGGCCGAGAAGAAUGAGGAGAAUUUGGUCCGUAAGCAGCCGGAUGAACGACUCGCCACCCUCUUCCGCGAGAAGGCGACAAACCCCGAGAUCUGCCCGAUCUUCGCCGAAAAUCUGGCCGACUUCCCGCCGACGAUGGUGCAGACGGCUGGCUAUGAUAUUUUGAGAGACGAAGGCAUCCAAUUCGCAAAUCGGCUGAAGGAAGAGAAGGUGAAAGUCAACUGGAAGAAUUAUCCGACUGGGUAUCACGGAGUUUUCAAUAUGCCCGCCUCACAAUUGCGUCGCGAGAUGGGCACGGAUAUUGCCGAAUUUUUGAGCGAAUUUUUG